UCUUGUGAAAACGGAGAAGCUUAUCAGCAGCUCCAACCACUUCACAUCGGACUACUCCCCGAAUACUUACAGGCGAUAAUUUGCAUCCAGGAUGACUUGGGGAUUUGUUACAUGCGGUCCCAACGAGGCGCUGGUUGUCUCCGGAUGCUGCUACAUGAAGCCGCUUUUGGUGCCGGGCGGACGAGCCUUCGUUUGGCCCACGAUCCAGCAGGUGCAACGCAUUUCUUUAAACACCAUGACUCUACAGGUGGAGAGUCCAUGUGUGUACACCAGCCAGGGCGUUCCCAUCUCCGUUACCGGCAUUGCCCAGGUGAAGGUCCAGGGACAGAACGAGGACAUGCUGCUUACCGCCUGUGAGCAGUUUUUGGGCAAGACGGAAGCAGAAAUCAACCACAUCGCCUUGGUGACCCUCGAGGGACACCAGCGCGCCAUUAUGGGUUCGAUGACCGUGGAGGAGAUCUACAAGGAUCGUAAGAAGUUCAGCAAGCAGGUGUUCGAGGUGGCCUCCAGUGAUCUGGCCAAUAUGGGAAUCACCGUUGUAUCCUAUACCAUCAAGGAUUUGCGUGAUGAGGAGGGAGACUCAAAGGGAUACCUCAGGUCCUUGGGCAUGGCUCGUACGGCGGAGGUAAAACGAGAUGCCCGCAUUGGUGAAGCGGAGGCCCGGGCGGAGGCGCACAUUAAGGAAGCCAUUGCCGAGGAACAGCGCAUGGCCGCAAGAUUCUUGAACGACACCGACAUUGCCAAGGCCCAGCGCGACUUUGAGCUGAAGAAGGCUGCUUAUGACGUGGAGGUGCAGACCAAAAAAGCCGAGGCGGAGAUGGCUUACGAGCUGCAAGCCGCCAAGACCAAGCAGCGAAUUAAGGAGGAGCAGAUGCAGGUGAAAGUGAUUGAGCGCACCCAGGAGAUUGCCGUGCAGGAGCAGGAGAUCUUGCGUCGCGAGAAGGAAUUGGAGGCCACCGUCCGUCGUCCUGCCGAGGCCGAAAAGUUCCGUCUGGAGAAGCUAGCCGAGGCCAACAAGCAGCGCGUGGUUAUGGAGGCUGAGGCUGAGGCCGAAUCGAUCAAAAUCCGUGGUGAGGCUGAAGCCUUUGCCAUUGCGGCCAAGGCCAAGGCGGAGGCGGAGCAGAUGGCCCAAAAGGCAGACGCAUGGCGCGAAUAUCGGGAAGCUGCCAUGGUGGAGAUGCUUCUGGACACAUUGCCAAAGGUGGCCGCCGAAGUGGCUGCUCCACUGUCGCAGGCGAAGAAAAUCACCAUGGUGUCCAGCGGACAGGGCGAUAUCGGUGCUGCCAAGCUCACCGGCGAGGUCCUGCAGAUCGUUAACAAAGUGCCAGAGCUGGUCAAGAACAUAACCGGCGUGGACAUUGCUCGGUCUGUGCAUGCUGGCUAGAAAGUCACCACAAAAGCAAACCAAAUCAAAUCCAAAAACAUACUCUUGAUACACUCGAAAAAAAAUUUAUAAAAAUGAACAAAAAAAGUAAUAAUUGAAAUCUAAAACGAUCGAAUACUUCAAAAAUAAUUGAAAUGAAACGCAUUUAAAAUUUGUUUACCUAUUUCGUGACAUAUAUUUAUGAAUCUUUGUGCUAACCCGACAAAUUUUGCAACAUGUUGUUUUACACUAACACACAACCACACACAAAGAGACGCAUAUUUUGUAUUCAAUAUAUAUGUAUUUAUAUAAGUGUAUUGCACAAAGCGUGGAAUAAAGAUACUUCCUUGAAUCAAAAA